AUGCCUUCUUUCCGCUUAAACGAGCAGAACAAGAUUAGCAAAGCAAACCGCCCACGGACCCGGCUCCCAUGCAAGCUUGUACUGCAGAUGAAGAAGCGCUCCCUCGCAGAACGCAACCCCGAUCUCGCACUCAAAGUCUCUCAAAUGCGCCUCACCAUUGCACCCAUAGUGCAUGUCGUGACCGGCGUGCCUGCGCCAGACUACCCACGUACAAUUCUUUCGCUCUUUACAUUAACAGAAGUACAACUCGAUAACCUCGCAGAAUACUACAGUCAAUCUCACACACCGACGGUGCUGACUUACAAGUACCCGACAACCAUGGACUGGAAUAAGCCGGUCCUGCAAAAUGACCCGGCGCUGCCUUCGGAUUGCAAGUUCAGCGAAAUCGAACGGUUGAAGAUCAAGAUGCGGAUGUUUGCGCGGUUUAUCGGGAUGCGCGGUGCGGAUACACCGACGUGGGAGCAUGAGCGUGCGGUGGAAAUCCUGGGGAAAAAGAUCAGGUGGGUGGUACGGCAGGAGGAGGAGAAGAUGCUGCAGAACAAGGGGUACAGGGGGCUACCGCGGUAUCAGUGA